AAGGGCUUCCUUUCACUCCUUGGAGGCCCAGGGACAAUAUUUCUUAUUUCCCAUGUGGCUGGAUGAACACGCCCCCUGUCACCUCAAAGCUCUAUAUAAGACAGCAAAAGGGCCCGAUGAUAAGAUCCUGGACUCAAGACAAGCUUGGCCAUGCGGUGUAAAGUCCUCAUCUACGUCGUCCUCCUGACUCUCAUAAAGCAUGUGUCUCCAUCUGGAAUACAAGCCAGCCCAAAUUCAAAUGCCACCCUCCCCUGCAAUGUGACGAUGCCCCCUUAUGUGGACAAAAUAGACAAGUCUCUCAUCAAAGCUGGCUGGACAAAAAACGGCUCUGACAUUGCCUCAUUCACUCAAGCUGUGACGCAAAUAAAGGAAGGCUUUCGCUGGGACACCGGUGAUUUCAUCAAUGGGGACUUUUCACUGACCAUCCUCCGAGCCAGUCUCGAACUGCAGGGGAUGUAUGAAUGCACCAUUAGCUACAACUCCACAAUGCUGCAUUUCAGUAACACUACAUUCAGUAUCCUAGCCUCCCCCAUUCUGUCUGUCCCGCAGCAGUGGGUGGUGUUAGAAACAGAAAGCCAGCUAAAGUGCAGCGCAGACAGUUUCUACCCUCCUCCUGUGUCUUUCUCUUGGAUCAGAGACGGGCAAGUGAUUCAACCUUCAUAUAUUGUUGAAGGUGAACUGACUCCAGAUGGGUACUACAUGGCUAUUGGCAACUUGACCUUCUUUCCUUCUCGUGAGGACCAGAAUGUGACCUUUGGGUGCCAUGUAUCACAUGGUGGACGGCAUCAAGAACUGGAUUUCCAACUCAAUAUCACCUAUCUCCCUUCUGUCAAGCUUUCUGCCGUGUCGUCCAAAUCGGACAACAUUCCUCUCACUCUUUACUGUGACGUGGAGAGUUUCUACCCAGAGGAAGUGUCUGUGUCAUGGCUUCAAAAUGGUACAGUCCUCCCUGAGCCCCCUACCACUGACCAGAACCCUGAUGGGACCCUUAGAACCAGGCGCUAUUAUACUUUAAGUGCAGAACAGCGAGAGCAAGGUGGGAAGGUGGAGUGUGCAGUAAACCAACCCGGGGUAUUGCACCCAGUGAGUGGCUCAUCGUUUCUAGAGUUACUGGAUCCCAGAGAUGAGGCACCAGUGUUGACCAAAUCUGCCAAAGCAUCAGUGGCUAUGAUGUCUAUUUCUAUUGUGCUGGUGUUCCUGCUCUGUUUUGGGUUUUCUUGGAGGAGAAGGGAUGAGAAACAGAAAUCUCUGACUGUGUCUGGGAUCAUCCUCCCUCCACACGUGACAGUCGGUCAAAAGGGCAGGGUGACAGUGAGCAUAGAGGGCAGGAGGGUGGACCGAGUCCAGGCUGCAUGGUUUCUAAAUGACACGCCUAUCUCUGACACCUCCCUCGCAGAAACCUCUAAAUCUAAUUUUAACUGCCUCUAUAACCCCCUAACCACCAUCCAUCUGCCCUACGGUCUAACUCUCACCUCCCCAGUGUCAGAGAAAGGUCGUCUGCUGCCCUCCAGAGACGAGAUGGGUUACUACAAGCUGCACACUCAAGGGCCGCUGCACUCAUCCGGAAGUGGCAUCCAACAGCUGAUCGUCUCACUCACCUUCAUCCCCCAGAUUUCAAUCCACAAGGGGGCUGUGUUUAAGUGUCAAGUGGCCUACAUGGGCAAGGACAAGAUUGUGUCGGAGAGGGUGUCAGAGAAGUUUACGAUUCUAUCUGCUCCUGAAGUAUCAGAAAUCCAGCUGACUGAGACUCCAAAUGACUCUGAUGUCAUCAGUAUGACAGUCCGGGCAUCACAUUUCCAUCCAGACGUCAUUACCUUCCGCUGGUUCUGUGAGGGGAGCGAGCUGAGCCCUGUUGCCUCACAGGCCUCGUCCUCACCUAGACCCAAUUCUGAAGGCUUCUUUUCUGCCUCCAGUCAGUGUAAACUACCUCGCAGUGAACUGGAAAGGGGGGGCACCAAAGUGUGGGUAAGCAUCCACCACAUUGCCCUGAAACAGCCGGUCACCCGCGAGACCAGAGGCUUCAUGAAGAGCCCAUGUGUCUCUGAAAUCAUCCGCUCCACUUCUACACCGGAUCAGCCUUUCAUGCUUGGAUGUGAAAUCACAGAUUUCUACCCUCCAACCAUCUCUGUCACUUGGCUGAAGCUGGGGCAGGGAGAGCGGGAUGACAGAGAGGAUGAGGUGAUAGCGGGAGGAGAGAUGUGGGGACCCAUGCAGACUCAUCCCAGACUCUACAAGGCCACAGCUUCACUGAAGAGGAGGGCAACAAACGAGGGGAAGGAGGAGAGAGGUGGAGGGAUCACUUGUAGAGUGGAACACUGUUCUCUUAUUGAGCCUAUUGAGAGACACUGGAGGAAUGUUGACAUUGUCGCUCCCUCCAUCCCUCCGUCGAUCUUAGUGUGUUGGAACAGUGUAGGGGUCGGUGUGUUCUCCCUCCUGUUGAAAGGAGGUCACCCAAAGGUCAAAUUAGUCUGGGCAGCGGGAGGAGCCACACUUUCACCACUGGUGUCCAAUGAGACAGAGGAGAUAGGAGAUGAUGGACAGAGGGAGCUGAAGAGUUUGUGCGCCCUCGAGAGGUCCACGAGCCUGCCGAGUCCGACGAGCAAACCGCUGGAGAGACGGAAGAAUGGACAUGCAAUAAAAACAAAAAAUGCAGUCACAGACCCUGAUGCUGAAGGGAUAGAGUACAUCGAUGAAAAAGUGGACGGAGAGAAUAACAACAUCGACGGGGAUGAGGAGACAAAGUCGGAGCUGGACGAGGACAGUGACAAAGACACAGACGAAGACACGGGCGCGUUGCAAAUAAACCGAGUCAACUUGAGGAAUGGACCCCGAGGAAAUGAGGGAGCACGUUUGAGAGUGUGCGUGGAGAUCACACACCCUGCGCUCAAGCUUCCUGUUUAUCGAACCUGGACAGAGCCAAUUGAGGAGAACUCAUCUUCCGCAUGAAAGCCAUGAAGUGUGCAAGAGAGCCUGGAUAUUUCAUGUACUCCAUUUAAUAUAUCUAAUAUAAUGUAUAUUUCUGUAUUAAAUAAUAGUCGUGCUUUUAGGAUAUCCAACUCUUUUUAAUAUGAUCAACAGGUGUGGUUUUACUUUCAACAUUUAUUUUAUCUUUAUUUAUUACUUUUUAUUCUUAAUCUUCCAUCAAUUCUUUGUUUCAUUUGAUCCAUGAUUUUUACAAAUAUCCAUAUUUUUAUACAAAGACUUUACAAUAAUAAUCUAGCAGAUUUUUUAUGACUGUAUUUGAAAAUAAAAUCUAGAUACAUUU